CUCUGUCGCCAGUUUCAAUGGAGAAAAUUUCUCCUACUUAUCUGAGUGAAAGUUGCCCAUGUUUUUUGUACAGAAAGUAUUGAUAAAGUACAAUAUAAGUAAUCACUUAGCACCUUUCAAGUUGAAUUGUUCAUUUCAAAGCAAAGUGUGAUCCAAUUAAUGCUGCUACAAUAUACUGAGGGUGUCAGAUUUCCGCCUAUUAGUGUGUGGAACAAUUCAACAGCACAUGUUAACCAUAUCUUGAGAUGUAAUAAUCUUUUAGAUUAUUGCCAUUCUUAAGAUUGGCUGAAAUCCUCUAGCAUUCGGCAAAGUGUGUUUGCGUGUUUGGAGAAAAAACAAAUUUGAAAUUAACCAGAAGAUAUUAGGAUAGAAAGUCUGAGGGAUGUCCUCCACGAUAUCUAGUUUGAACAGCCUCUUCUCAUUCACCAGUCCGGCUGUCAAACGGCUGCUAGGAUGGAAACAGGGUGAUGAGGAGGAGAAAUGGGCCGAGAAGGCUGUCGACUCCCUUGUGAAGAAACUUAAAAAGAAGAAAGGGGCUUUAGAAGAUCUUGAGAAAGCUUUGAGCUGUCCAGGCCAGCAAAGCAAGUGUGUUACGAUUCCUCGAUCACUUGAUGGGCGAUUACAGGUGUCUCACAGGAAAGGUUUGCCGCAUGUGAUUUACUGCCGUGUGUGGCGGUGGCCUGAUUUACAAAGUCACCAUGAACUGAAAGCACUUGACUGCUGCGAGUUUCCAUUUAAUGCAAAACACAAAGAAGUGUGUAUAAAUCCGUAUCACUACAAAAGAGUUGAAAGUCCAGUACUGCCACCAGUUCUAGUCCCACGAUACAGCGAGUUUCCUGCAGGUCCAUCAUCAAUGCCCCCAUUUCAAGCCGUACCAGAACCUUCGAUGCCACACAAUGUCACUUACCCCAACAACUUCCACACUGGCCCACAGUCCCCAGCCAGUUCAGGUCCAGGCAGUCCAUACGGAGGGGUACCUGCGGACACCCCACCUCCGGCGUAUCAAGUGCAUGACGACAGCAGCCCACCUAGCAACCAGAGCCGCGGUCAGCAGCCCAUGGAUACAAGCAUGCCCCCACCGCCAGUACCCCCACCGACAGUCAAUAUACCAAUGAGUGAUAAAUACCCAGCUCAUAUGCAACCAGUGACUUAUCAGGAGCCACAAUACUGGUGUUCUAUUGUGUACUACGAAUUAAACAACAGGGUAGGUGAGGCGUUCCAUGCCUCCCAGACGAGUAUUGUAGUAGAUGGUUUCACAGACCCAUCCAAUAACGCUGACAGAUUUUGUCUGGGUCUACUGUCCAAUGUAAACAGAAACUCUACCAUAGAAAACACAAGAAGACAUAUAAGCAAAGGUGUUCAUCUAUAUUAUGUUGGCGGCGAAGUGUUUGCAGAAUGUCUCAGCGACAGCUCUAUCUUUGUUCAGAGCCGGAACUGUAAUUAUCACCAUGGUUUUCAUCCCACCACAGUGUGUAAGAUUCCUCCAGGCUGCAGUCUUAAGAUCUUCAAUAAUCAGGAAUUCGCAGCGCUUCUCAGUCAGAGUGUGAAUCACGGAUUCGAGGCUGUGUACGAACUUACAAAAAUGUGUACAAUUCGUAUGAGUUUUGUGAAAGGAUGGGGUGCGGAAUAUCAUCGUCAGGAUGUGACGAGCACGCCAUGUUGGAUAGAGAUUCAUCUCAACGGUCCGUUACAGUGGUUAGAUAAAGUUCUCACUCAGAUGGGCUCGCCCCAUAAUGCAAUAUCAUCUGUAUCAUGAUUAUUUUUUCCGAAGACCAUUCAGAUUGAGACAGUGACAUACAAUCAAAACUUGUACUUAAUACAUGUAUGCGCUUGAUACAUGUAUGUACAGAAAAAAAAUAUCUCAACGUCCUAAGUGAGCACUAAUUGGUUACAGCUGAAAUGUUCUAUCUACUUCCGUAUUUAUACACAGACAGAACGCUUUCGCUUAACUCUGGAUUCAUGCUGAAAAAACAGUAAUCUGAAUGCAAAAGAUCUGUAGAAACAGUUUUUCAUUAAACAUACAUUAUUCAUGUCUUAGAGAAGGAAAAACACCCAUAUAUAAUAAUACAGGGUUUGGUAUUUAACUAUACCAAAAAUCUUAAGUGUAUUUUUUACAGAUUUGUACAAAAAUUAAAAGACUAUGUGUACAAGUUGUUGUAAUUUUUACAUGUAAAGGAGGGUGCUUCAUGUAUCACUUUUCCUCUGGUUGCAAUGCUAGUGUUGAACUUCACCAUUUGGUUUAUAUGUUCUGUAUGUCUGCAGUCACAUGGCAGUCCUACAAAUAUUUACAUCUCGACUAUACUGCAGUUUAACUGCAAGAUGCUUUGAAGGAAUAUGUCCCUUAAGUUCUCAGAUAAUAGAAAAUGAACUGUCAUUCCUUUAGAUGAGAAAAAAUCCCAUCAUGAUACUAAUUACUAAAAUCAUUCAUGAGCUGUAUUUUAAUUAUAGUACAUAUUUAUGAUACAAAUUUGCUUUAAUAUAAGCUUGCUGACAUUAUGCAAAUUUUCAUUCAUAUUUAAUCAAAUAACUUCACUUGAAUUUUAAGGCCUUAUUUUGGUUUCAAGCAUUUGAAUUACAGGCCAACUUUGCCUGAAAUUAAUUUUUGUUUGCCCAAAAGAGCCUAAAAAGCAACUUCAGACUGUAGUAGCUCUUAAUUUCAUAUGUCUGUUUAAGGUUAAAAACUAAAGGAAUUUUACCUAUCUGAUGUAGAAAACACUUGUAAAUUGUUCAGAUCUUCAAAUGUUAUUCCUUUGAAGUUGAAUUUUCAAAAAAAUAAGGAGUUUAAGUUUCGAAACUCUUAAUUGUUGUGUUUGAAAAAAAGCAAGACAGACUGGAUUGUAGCAACUGCUGUCAUAUUAUUUGUAACACAGUCUGGGUGUGUAUGGAUUACAAGUUGUUUGGUAUUGUUGAACUUGCAUUGGUGUUGCUGUAGUCUAAUUUUAUUAUUAUUUUCUCAAAUGUUUAUUGAACAGGCUGUUAUAUCUGUAGAUCUUAUUUACAAGUUGCAUGCUUUAAAACAAUUGUAUUUAUUCUAAUAAUUCCCACCAGAUUAUAUAGUGAAAUUGUUCAUUCUUGGGUAGUGGACGGGGGCCUCUGGUGUUUUCACCAGUGCUAGACAUAUUUGUCAGACUGGGAUUUAAGAUGACUCGUGCUACUAUAUCCAAAUAAGUGUUUAAUAGGAAGUUAUUCUUUUUAUUGUAUCUUCUUUUAUUUGUGGAAUAUGGUAUGCAAGGAGAAAAAAACUGGUUUUAGGUACAGAUUGGAAUAUCUGGCUCUCUGUAACCGUUUUGGCAGUACAUCAGGAACGUUCCCCUCUGUCACCCUCAAGCCAGAUAUUCAUGUCCUGCAACCAGUGAAAGAUUCAAUACACUACCACUUCUUAUAAAGCAAAAGAAAAUCUUGGGUCAUACAGUUCAUUCUUGGCAUUUAUCUAUACUUUAGAAUGAUCAAGUAUUGAUCAGAAAUGACAGCAUCUUAAAUUAGCUAAUAUUAAGUUUUAAUGAGGAAAUUAGCCAUAAAAUUUUAUGAAAAUAAAGAAGUAAUUUUCCAUUAUUAGAUCUAAUAUUCAGACAUCCAGCAUAAAAAUGAAAUUUCAAGCAUUUUAUGAAACAGACAUACUAUUUUGAGUAGAAUAUUGUGUAUGGCGGGUCUUUGAAUAUCACUGGUACAUUUAUUGGUCCUAGACGAUAAGGAAUGGGACAGUUGGAACUUGGGUGCAAUUUUUAGAACAUUUAUGUGUAAAUUGCUUGUUUAAAAAGCAGUAUGAAAUUGGCUUCAUACCAGUUGUUUGGUCUCAUUUGUACUUGUGUCCUGUUUUUGGAAAAAAAUUAAUGCAUAAUACAGACAUUUAUUUUCAGUAUUGUACUCCAGCUGGUUGGAUGCAUAAAGCUUUUAUGAUUCUGACAAGGUUAUAAAUCCUAUAUUAAUGAAAUUACAUCUUCCAGACCUCUAGCACUGUAAAAAUGAAAAAUACCAAGCCAUAUAAAUGGACCUGCCUAUUGUGGACCUUUUUGGGGUGCAAUUAUUAGAAUAAAUAUACAAUGUUCAUGUGAUAUUUUCUUUCAAACUGUGUGAUUGUUGUUAAAGUGCUAAAGUGAUAGUGUUGUAAAGAUGAUUUAGUGUUAAGAAUAUAGUAUAGAGUCUAUGUGUAGUUUCUGUUAUUGCACCAAUUCUGUCUAUUCCACAUAAAGCUGCAAAAAUUAAUGAUGCUUUUCAAUUAACCAUUUAUAAAGCCUGAAACAAUUCUCUUACAUGUGAAUCUGUAUGUUGGAAGCCCGAUUUUCAUGAUUUGGAUAUAGUUACAUGAUUACAAUAAUUCUGACAAACGGAAAUUAUAUGCAAAUGUGCAGUCGCACUCAUUUUCAGUCAAAAUAAGAAUGUCAAGGAAUGGAGGACAUCAUACAAAUUUAAGUCUUUACUCCACCCUCGUCUAGGUUUUAUCCAAUCAAAAAUGUAUUUGGGAAAUAAUGCAUAAUUAUAUGUGAAAUGGGGGUUUUCUUUCAGGAGCAACAUUGCUGGUAGGCGUAGAUGUUAUACUUUUACACGAAAGUAUAGACUGAAUUUGUAUGUUGUUAAUUUUUGUAGCGUUACUAUGAACAGUGAUGAAAAAUUGAGGGUUCAGUCAUGAUACUGUAUGUUGUUGUUAUUUGUCAACUUGUGAGAGAUUUUAUUUCAGAUUUUUACUAGCGUUUGAGAUUUCUUUUCCUCUUUUCACAUUUAUUAUUGUUGCUUCUUGAGGUUGGAACUUAGAAUUACACUGUCGUCGAUAGUUUAUAAGAAAUUUUUAAUUAAAAUUUUUGUAUAAAUACACUUUAGUUGUUGCCACUUUUCAAAGUAUAGGUUGGUUGUUUAAAUUGUACUUACGUUGUUGCCCCUUUCAAAGUAUAGGUUGUUUAUAUUGUAUAGGGCAAAAUGUGUUAAUUAUCAGCUUAAAUUUCCACUGUGUAUUCACAGAGAUCUGUUUUAUAUCGUUUAGCAAUUUGCCAGGACUUUGUUCCAUUAAACAUGAAGUUAACUUCCCUAUAAAAUGUUUAGCGUUAGUAUGAAACCAAUCUAUUCUUGUGCUUAUUCAGGCCUGGGAUUUUUCAGGACUGGUCCUGAUUUCAAAAGUUUCCAUAUAAAACUACACACUAAAAGGACAUUUCAUUAUUAAGAAAGCUUGUCAUGUUUUUACAGAAAUUGAGGCUUUUAUUGCUUUAUGGCAAGAUGUUUUACAGUGUUAUUUAAUAAAUUUUGUUCCUAGAUCUUGGCUCACCUAUUUGCAUUGGUCUUUUUAACAGAGCUGUUUGAGAUGUAGUGAUAUGGAAACAAACGGUGUUACCGUUUUUGUUCCUUGUUGUAAAGGUGAUUAAAUUGGCAGGUUUGCUUGUAUUGUGGUUGAUGAACAAAGCAUGAACUUCUGAACAAACUUUUUAUUGUUUAUUUACACAGUUACCUUUCGUGAUGUAAAAUGCUGUAGUUAUAGAACAACGAUGGAAGAAUUUGCAAAAUUUCUGAAAGACUUUUUUUUUUUUGACUAUUUUUUUUUAGCUCACCUGAGCAUGGUGGCUCAGGUGAGUUUUUCUGAUCGCUCAAUGUCCGUCGUCUGGCGUCUGUCGUCUGUCAACAUUUAGCUUGUGUACACGUUAGAGGCUGUAUUUUUCAAUUAAUCUUCAUGAAUGUUGGUCAGAAUGAUAACCUUGAUGAAAUCUAGGCCGAGUUCGAAAAUGGGUCAUCUCGGGUCAAAAACUAGGUCACUAGGUCAAAUCAAAGAAAAACCUUGUGUAUGCGAUAGAGGCUGUAUUUUUCAUUUAAUCUUUAUGAAUAUUGGUCAGAAUGAUAACCUUGAUGAAAUCUAGGCCGAGUUCGAAAAUGGGUCAUCUCGGGUCAAAAACUAGGUCACUAGGUCAAAUCAAAGAAAAAUCUUGUGUAUGCGAUAGAGGCUGUAUUUUUCAAUUGAUCUUCAUGAAUAUUGGUCAGAAUGAUUGCCUUGAUGAAAUCUAGGCCGAGUGUGAAAAUGGGUCAUCUGGGGUCAAAAACUAGGUCACUAGGUCAAAUCAAAGAAAAACCUUGUGUAUGCGAUAGAGGCUGUAUUUUUCAAUUAUUCUUCAUGAAUAUUUCUCAGAAUGAUAACCUUGAUGAAAUCUAGGCCGAGGUCUAAAAUGGGUCAUCUCGGGUCAAAAACUAGGUCACAAGGUCAAAUCAAAGAAAAACCUUGUGUAUGCGAUAGAGGCGGUAUUUUUCAAUUGAUCUUCAUGAAUUUUAGUCAGAAUGAUAACCUUGAUGAAAUCUAGGCCGAGUUCGAAAAUGGGUCAUCUGGGGUCAAAAACAAGGUCACAAGGUCAAAUCAAGGAAAAACCUUGUGUAUGGAUAGAGGCUGUAUUUUUCAGUUGAUCUUCAUGAAUUUCGGUCAGAAUGAUUGCCAUGAUGAAAUCUAGGCAGAGUUCGAAAAUGGGUCAUCUGGGGUCAAAAACUAGGUCACUAGGUCAAAUCAAAGAAAAACCUUGUGUAUGCGAUAAAGGCUGUAUUUUUCAACUGAUCUUCAUGAAAUUUAGCCAGAAUGAUUACCUCGAUAAAAUCUAGGCCGAGUUCGAAAAUGGGUCAUCUGGGAUAAAAAACUAGGUCACUAGGUCAGAUCGAAGAAAAACAUUGUGUAUGCAAUAGAGGAUGUAUUUUUCAAUUGAUCUUCAUGAAAUUUGGUCAGAGUGAUUGCCUUGAUGUAAUCUAAGUCGAGUUUAAAUAUGGAUUAUCUGAGGUCACAAACUAGGUCACUAGGUCAAAUUAAAGAAAAAUCUUGUGUAUGCAAUAGAGACUGUUUUUAGCUCACCUGUCACAUAGUGACAAGGUGAGCUUUUGUGAUCACGCAGCGUCCGUCGUCCGUCCGUCCGUGCGUUAGUCCGUCCGUCCGUAAACUUUUGCUUGUGACCACUCUAGAGGUCACAUUUUUUGUGGGAUCUUUAUGAAAGUUGGUCAGAAUGUUCAUCUUGAUGAUAUCUAGGUCAAGUUCGAAACUGGGUCACAUGCCAUCAAAAACUAGGUCAGUAGAUCUAAAAAUAGAAAAACCUUGUGACCUCUCUAGAGGCCAUAUAUUACACAAGAUCUUCAUGAAAAUUGGUCAGAAUGUUCACCUUGAUGAUAUCUAGGUCAAGUUUGAAACUGGGUCACGUGCAAUCAAAAACUAGGUCAGUAGGUCUAAAAAUAGAAAAACCUUGUGACCUCUCUAGAGGCCAUAUAUUUCACAGGAUCUUCAUGAAAAUUGGUCAGAACGUUCAACUUGGUGAUAUCUAGGUCAAGUUUGAAACUGGGUCACGUGCCUUCAAAAACUAGGUCAGUAGGUCAAAUAAUAGAAAAACCUUGUGACCUCUUUAAAGGCCAUAUUUUUCAUGGGAUCUGUAUGAAAGCUGGUCUGAAUGUUCAUCUUGAUGAUAUCUAGGUCAAGUUCGAAACUGGGUCACAUGCGAUUAAAAACUAGGUCAGGAUGUCUAAAAAUAGAAAAACCUUGUGACCUCUCUAGAGGCCAUAUAUUUCAUGAGAUCUUCAUGAAAAUUGGUCAGAAUGUUCACCUUGAUGAUAUCUAGGUCAAGUUCGAAAGUGGGUCACGUGCCAUCAAAAACUAGGUCAGUAGGUCAAAUAAUAGAAAAACCUUGUGACCUCUCUAGAGGCCAUAUUUUUCAUGGGAUCUGUAUGAAAGUUGGUGUGAAUGUUCGUCUUGAUGAUAUCUAGGUCAAGUUUGAAACUGGGUCACGUGUGGUCAAAAACUAGGUCAGUAGGUCAAAUAAUAGAAAAACCUUGUGACCUCUCUAAAGGCCAUAUUUUUCAUGGGAUCUGUAUGAAAGUUGGUCUGAAUGUUCAUCUUGAUGAUAUCUGGGUCAAUUUCAAAACUGGGUCACGUGUGGUCAAAAACUAGGUCAGUAGAUCAAAUAAUAGAAAAACCUUGUGACCUCUCUAAAGGCCAUAUUUUUCAUGGGAUCUGUAUGAAAGUUGGUCUGAAUGUUCAUCUUGAUGAUAUCUGGGUCAGUCUCAAAACAGGGUCAUGUGCGGUCAAAACUAGGUCAGUAGGUCUAAAAAUAGAAAAACCUUGUGACCUCUCUAGAGGCCAUACUUUUCAAUGGAUCUUCAUGAAAAUUGGUCAGAAUGUUCAUCUUGAUGAUAUCUAGGUCAAGUUCGAAAGUGGGUCACGAGCCGUCAAAAAGUAGGUCAGUAGAUCAAAUAAUGAAAAAACGUUGUGACCUCUCUAGAGGCCAUACUUUUCAUGGGAUCUGUAUGAAAGUUGGUCUGAAUGUUUAUCUUGAUGAUAUAUAGGUCAAGUUUGAAACUGGGUCAACUGCGAUCAAAAACUAGGUCAGUAGGUCUUGAAAUAGAAAAACCUUGUGGCCUCUCUAGAGGCCAUACCCUUGAAUGGAUCUUCAUGAAAAUUGGUCAGAAUGUUCACCUUGAUGAUAUCUAGGUCAAGUUUGAAACUGGGUCACGUGCCAUAAAAAACUAGGUCAGUAGGUCAAAUAUUAUAAAAACCUUGUGACCUCUCUAGAGGCCAUACUUUUCAUGGGAUCUGUAUGAAAGUUGGUCUGAAUGUUCAUCUUGAUGAUAUCUAGUUCAAGUUUGAAACUGGGUCAACUGUGGUCAAAAACUAGGUCAGUAGGUCUAAAAUUAGAAAAAUCUUUUGACCUCUCUAGAGGCCAUAUUUUUCAAUGGAUCUUCAUGAAAAUUGAUCUGAAUGUUCACCUUGAUGAUAUCUAGGUCAGUUUCGAAACUGGGUCACGUGCGGUCAAAAACUAGGCCAGUAGGUAUAAAAAUAGAAAAACCUUGUGACCUCUCUAGAGGCCAUAUUUUUCAUGAGAUCUUCAUGAAAAUUAGUAAGAAUGUUCACCUUGAUGAUUUCUAGGUAAAGUUCAAAACAGGGUCACGUACCUUCGAAAACUAGGUCAAUAGGUCAAAUAAUAGAAAAACCUUGUGACCUCUCUAGAGACCAUAUUUUUCAAUGGAUCUUCAUGAAAAUUGGUCAGAAUUUUUAUCUUGAUAAUAUCUAGGUCCAAGUUCAAAACUGGGUCACAUGAGCUCAAAAACUAGGUCACUAUGUCAUAUAAUAGAAAAAACGACGUCAUACUCAAAACUGGGUCAUGUGGGAAGAGGUGAGCGAUUCAGGACCAUCAUGGUCCUCUUGUUUUCAAUUGAUUUUUAUGAAAUUUGGACAGGGUGAUUGCCUUAAUGAAAUCUAGGUCGAAUUUGAAUAUGGGUCAUCUGAGGUCAAAAACUAGGUCACUUGGUCAAAUCAAAGAAAAACUUGUGUAUGUGAUAGAGGCUGUAUUUUUCAAUUGAUCUUCAUGAAUUUUCGUCAGAAUGAUUGCCUUGAUAAAAUCUAGGUCGAGUUUGAACAUGGGUCAUCUAGGGUCAAAAACUAGGUCAUAUCUAAGAAAAUGCUUGUUUUAUCGCAAGGGACCAAUUUUUUGGUCCAAUCUUAAUGAAAAUUGGUCAGAAUAUUUGUUUCCAUGAAAUCACUAGGUCAAACAUGUUUUACACUGUUAUGGUGUGUUUCUUAGGUGAGCGACCUAGGGCCAUCUUGGCCCUCUUGUUAUCUUAUUCAUAACACCAUAAAGAGUUCAAGAAAGUUUUAAGGAGAGGACAUAAAUCUUCUGCUUUUGGCAAAGUUUUGUAGCAGUUAAAUUUUUUCCUUUUCUUAUUAGAAUGUUACAUACGUUAUGUUAUGAUCUCAGGUGAAAGGGUAUUCAAGUGUGGUAGAUAAAUAUUUGCAUUUGGAUAAAAGGUUUACCUUUAGGUUACAUUAUAUUCUGUGUUAAUUCACUGGUUAAGAAAAAGUCGGCUAGUUCUAAGAUUACUGUAUAUUUUCGCUUAUAAGACGCAUUAUUAGGAGUCAUAUUUCUAGUUCAAACAGUGGGGAACGUCUUAUAAGCGUGUACUACAAGGAAAUUAAAAGAAAAAGAAACACUUGAUUGCAUGUCCUAUGUCGGGGUGCAUCUUAUAAGCGAGUGCGUCUUAUAAGUGAAAAUAUACGGUAGUCUGAUAUAUUGUCAGAAAAUUUCAGAUUUCCAUUUAUUACACUUGCCCCUUUCUUUGAUCUCCAUUAUUAUGAACAGUGAAGAAUAAAUGCUUUUAGAUGAUUUUGUCUUUUGAGAGAACACUUUGUUUCUUUACAACAAAGUGCAAGUGGGAUUUUUGUGAUUUUGUCUUUCUGUUUUAUCAGUGCUGAGUAGUGGAUGUUCUUUUUAUACAUUCUAUUUGCAACUGUACAUGUAUGGAAGUGGCUGUGCAUGCACUUUAAAAUACAUUUUGUUACUGUGCUAUAUGCAUGAAGGUUUUUUUUUGUGUUUCUACUUUUAUAGUCAUUUUUUUGAAAUGUAAGAUUAUAUUUUAUGCCCUACAAAAUGUUGGUCGGGGCUUUUAGGCAUGCCUUUGUCUGUCUGUCUGUAUUUUCAUCUGUGUCCUGCAUAUCUCGGAAAUAUUUGACCUUGAGUUAUGAAACAUUAUAGGGUUGUUAUUCAAUAUUUUAGGUUGUACACCUGGGGUUUUGUUUGGGAUUUCACAUAUCCAGGCCCUUGUCUUUAAAAUAAUAAAAAACAUGCGUAAAAGGCCUAAAAGUUUGUAUCACAUAUAUCUUGAAAAACAUAUGACCUAGAGUCAUGAAAACAUGUAGGAAAAUUAGUCAGUAUGUGAUUUUGUACACAAGCGGUUUUGUUUGGGAUUUGCUCAGCCAGAUGAGAGUUUUGGCCCUUGACUUAGUCAGAUAUGCAUAAAGGGCCUAAAAGUUUGUUUGCAUUACCUAAAUAAGCAUUUGAGCUAGAGUCGUGAAAACAUAGGGUUAUUGUUAAACAUUUGAAGUUCUGCACCUGGGGUUUUAUUUGUGAUUUCACUCAGUUAGACACAACUUAUGGCCUUUAUUUUACUCAAAAAAUAUACAUAAAGGGCAGAAAUAUUAUAUCUCUUAUAUCUUAAAAGUAUUUGACCUAGAGUCAUGAAACUUUAUAGGAACGUUGUUCAGCUUGAUUGUGAAGAUGUGCACCAGGGAUUUUAUUUGAAAUACACCCCUCUCAAAUAUGUAUUCCAUCCCCACCCUAACCCCAACCUCAUCAAGGUACUAUAAAAGUUUACUUAGUCUUGCAUUAUCAACAAGUAACAUACGACUAUACAGUGACAGUAAGUGGGGACAUAAGUGUCCUAUGGAGACAUGUCUAUUUUUUUUUGCAUUUAUAUACAAACCAGUUUUGUAAAUACUAUUACUUGUAAAUAGCAUUAUAGUAUAUAAGAUUUCUACAUGUUUUGUAACUUUUUCAACAAGACUUUUAAACAGUAGAUGAAGAGGUUUUCUCUCUGUUUCACUUUACUUUAAAUUAAACAGAAGUGAUCAAUUGAAUAUGUAGAUUUAAUCAUAGAUCUGAGACAGACAUCAAGUUCGAUUAGUAUGUCUUUCUCGAUUAAACCAAUGAAAAUUCUCUUGUUCAUUCCAUAUCAUUAAAAACUGUUAAACAAUAUUUCUUUUGUUUCCUGUACAAUAGCACAAAACAGACUAAAGCUUACAGUUGUAAGCCUUUCACAUCAGAUCUGUAGAAAGUAGUUUUCCUCAAAGUUAAAACUGGCAAGCAUUUGGAACACAUAUAUUGCACUAGUAUAAAAAAUGUUGAUAUCUCUUUGGGUAAAUUAAAUUCAAAUAAAAUGCUUUGGACUCCCAGUGAUAACACUGAUGCUGCAUUGCUUUCUUCUGUCAUUAACCUUUACCCUGCUAAAUUUCUGAAAUGGACUGAUCCAUCAUUCAAUUUAGGCAGUACCACUUAUUAGGCUGAUCUUGGUCUGCACUGGUUGCAAAGGCAGAAUCACUUGCUGCAAGCAGGCUAAAGGUUAAAGACUGCUAUUACCUUUUGUAAAAAAAUUUUGCUUCGAAUUUCCUAAAAUCAUCAUGUCUUCCAUCAGAUUUCUUGCUUCUAUAUAAUAUGAAAGGGAAUCCAGUAAAUUUUAUAAGAGGGAAAAUCACAUGACUGCUUACAUAAAUUGUUUUACCAUACAUUUGACCAGUCUAUAGUUUCAUGGCAAGUAAAAACUUGGAAAUAAAUUGUUGAAUUUGUUUCUUAUUCCAUGUAUUAAAAUGCAUAUUGAAUGGUUUCAUAGUCAUUAAGUGUAUACUGUUACAGUAAUAGGUGCAUUAUGAACAUAGCAUUCUCGCAUACCAGAGGUCUAUUGUUCGUCUCGGGAUUUUGACGAACCUCUGAUGGAUGAGAAAGGAACAUAGAAGCACCAGUAAGGUGAAUGAUAAAAUUUUCAGGCCAUGCCAUUUAUUUUGUAUGGGGUUAAUUGGGGAAAAAAAUCUGACAAAAUGAUAGAAAUGAAGUAACAUUCAGAUAUGGAGUUGUUUCGUUGUCUAGAUCAGGAAAAGUUUUUAUAUAUUUCGUUCCACUUGUACAGGAGGCUUAACUGGCAUCCAUUCCUCUUUCAUUCUACUCAGUCUGCCAAUAUUAGUAUUGGUAGUAUUAUGUUCAGACUUGCUGAUUGUUACAUCUGUUUCGUAAAAAGUUAGGUCUCAAAAUGAAAAUCAUAGUGUUAAUAGAAUUGAGAAAAGGUGGUAAGGAUCAAGAUUUGGUCCAUAGAAUGAAUAAAUGUAGGUCACGUAUUUACAUAAAAACAUUGAUCAAGUGAUUUUUAGUGAAAAAAUGUGUAAUACAUAUGGUUUUUUUUCCCUAAUGCUUUAACUCUUCCCUAUUUAAUGCAGAAGUUUGUUGGGGGUGGGGGUGGGGAAGGGGGUUGUAUAUGUACAAACAAUAUAGCAAUAAAACUUAUAGGGAAAAUUUUACUUUUAAUUGUAUUUUUAUUUUUUUUUCCCCAAAUGAAAUAAACCUAGUAGAACUUGCUCAGAUGAGUUACUUGCGGCCUAAACGGCCUUCUUGUUUUGAUAGAUGUUUGCAUUUAGACAUGACUUUUUACACACAUAGAUAUGUUAUCAUUUCUCAUUGACUUAGUACAGCAUAGUUAAUUAUGAUUAUCAUUGUGCAUCUACAUAUUGAUACAUUUCAUAAGAAUAAUGUGAAAUAAAUAUUAAGCUGCAA